AUGUAUGCUGCAGACAAGGUCGGUCGUGCUGUGAGCACCGCUAUCUAUUUCUUGCUUCCUUCAGGGAGUGUUUCACAUCUGCAUCGUAUUCCUUGUGCUGAAACCUGGCAUUUCUACAAGGGAGAGCCUCUCACGGUCUUCGAGCUACACGACGAUGGCCACAUUGACCUCACCGUAAUUGGUCCGCACCUAGACGCUGGGCAGCGCCCCCAGUACACCGUGCCACCAAAUGUGUGGUUUGGAUCUUUCCCCACGUUGGAUGUCGAGUCGUUUGCAUCUGAUGGCAGCCAUCUUGUCAACUCUCGGAAGCGAGAUCCCGAGAAGCACUACUCCCUCGUUGGCUGCACUUGUGCCCCUGGCUUUGAGUAUGAGGAUUUUGAAAUGGCCUCUUUUGAUGAUGUGAAGUCUAUUGCCCCGAAGGCAGAACCCUUCCUCAACUACCUUAUUCCUUCCAAGAAGUAA